CGCCAUUUCGCUGCGGAGAGUGGCUCUUCGCACGUCAAACAGAAACACAGCGUCAACAGUACAGAGAAAAAAAAUUGGAUCGUAACAACAGUCCGGAUCCACCCUGAUGGAAGCGGCCAUCAACCCGCCUAGAGACAGCUCUCUAAUUGGGCUGUCCAGUGGCGGGAUGGAGCAGCACAGUGGCCCGGGAAAACGCAUCCGCAAGCCUUCCCUGCUGUACGAGGAUUUUGAGAGCCCCUCUCUGCCCCUCACGACGCCCCAGGUCCCCCCAGCCCCGCCACAACCCCCUGUGAGGGACCCCGGCCGGCAGGGCCGCAUGACGAACCAGCUGCAGUACCUGCAGAAGGCCCUGAUAAAGUCUCUGUGGAGGCACCACUUUGCCUGGCCCUUUCACGAGCCGGUGGAUGCCUACAGGCUUAACCUACCAGAUUAUCAUAAAAUCAUCAAACAGCCGAUGGACAUGGGGACCAUCAAAAAGCGCCUAGAGAACAAUUACUAUCGCAGUGCCAGUGAGUGCAUACAGGACUUCAACACCAUGUUCACCAACUGCUACAUUUACAACAAGCCGACAGAUGACAUUGUGCUGAUGGCUCAGUCCCUGGAGAAAAUCUUUCCAAAGGUGGCUCAGAUGCCCCAGGAGGAAAUUGAACUGCCUCCUCCCGCUCCACGAAACAAAACCAGCAAGGGCAAAGGCCGCAAGUCUAACGCAUCAAGGGCUCACCAGGUGCCAGCAGUGUCCCAGUCAGCAUACUCCCCUUCUUCCUCGGACACAGGAGAGUCCAUGUUGGCCAGUUCUCCCCAGACUGUACUGACCAAAAGCCUGCCACCUGCCAACAUUAUGGGCAUGCCUCCCACACAGCCCACCACCAAGAAAAAAGGUGUAAAGCGGAAGGCAGACACCACAACGCCGUCCACUAUGGGCCUGACUGUGGGCAUGUCGGGUGGAGCCCGCAUGGUGGGUUUGGGGAAGGGAGGCCACGGUGGCCAGGUCCACGAGUCCUCCCCACUUACCCUCUCUUCGUUGGGGAGCAUGAACAUGGAGACGCCUCCUGGGAUGGGUCUGGUCAGAGGCCCCACAGGUCCUGUCCUGCUCCAGCCCAUGAUGGCCGGCACUGGACGCAGAGUGGGCAGCGGACGCCCCAUCAAACCCCCAAAGAAAGACUUACCGGAUUCUGUCCAGCUCCAGCCCUCGAGGAAGGGCAAACUGAGCCCACAGCUGAGGUACUGCAGUGGACUACUGAAGGAUAUGUUGUCAAAGAAGCACACCGCGUAUGCCUGGCCUUUCUACACGCCUGUGGAUGCAACCGCACUGGGGCUUCACGACUAUCAUGACAUUAUCAAGUUUCCCAUGGAUCUCAGCACUAUCAAGAGGAAGAUGGACUGUCGUGAGUACCGGGAUGCCCAGCAGUUUGCUGCUGACGUCAGACUCAUGUUCUCCAACUGCUACAAAUACAACCCACCUGACCACGAUGUUGUGGGCAUGGCACGGAAGCUGCAGGAUGUGUUUGAGUUUCGUUUCGCAAAGAUGCCAGAUGAACCGCAUAUGGAGCACACACCCAUGUCAAUGAGCGGCCACCCCUCCUCCUCAUCAUCCUCUUCUUCCUCCUCGUCAUCUACAUCCUCCUCGUCCUCUGAGAGUGAGCCCAGCAGUGAGAGUGAGGAGAGCGAGAGCAGCCCGAGCUCCGACAGUGAGGAAGAGCGAGCACAUCGCUUGGCUGAGUUACAGGACCAGGUGUGCACACAGCUCCGAGCAGUGCAUGAACAGCUGGCUGCUCUCUCCCAAGGCCCCAUCGUCAAGCCCAAGAAGAAAAAAGAGAAGAAAGACAAGAAGGAGAAGAAGAAAAAGAAGAAGCCAGAGAAGCAUAGCCGAGGAGUCCGGGGUAGAGCUGGCUCGGAGGAGUGGAAGAUGCCAGGCAAGACACUAAAGACCAAGGCUGCUAGAGGAGUUUCCACCCCGGGGAAGAAAGGCCCAGGGAAGAAGAGCAACAAGAACAGCAAGAACACAAAGAAGCCGUUCUACACCCCACCGGCCUCCACGAUGUUGCCCCACUAUGACUCAGAGGAGGAGGAGGAAAUCGUGCCCAUGUCGUACGAUGAGAAACGGCAGCUGAGUCUGGACAUCAACAAGCUGCCGGGAGAGAAACUGGGUCGUGUGGUCCACAUCAUUCAGUCGAGAGAGCCCUCGCUAAGGGACACCAACCCUGAGGAGAUUGAGAUUGACUUUGAAACGCUCAAGCCGUCCACACUGAAGGAGCUGGAGCGAUACGUCAUGACCUGUCUGAGGAAGAAGCCCCGCAAGCCUUAUGCAGCGAAGAAAGCCAGCAGUGGCAAAUCCAAAGAGGAGCUGACUCUGGAGAAGAGGAGGGAACUGGAGAGGAGGCUGCAGGAUGUCAGCGGGCAGCUCAACUCUGGCAAGAAGCCCCCAAAACCUAAGGUGGAAAAGCCGAGCACUGUAGAGACUCACGCCCAGCCCUCGCGACUCAGCGGCAGCAGCUCCAGCUCGGACUCUUCCUCCUCCUCAUCGUCCUCUUCCUCAGACACAAGUGAUUCAGACUCGGGUUGAGAACCUUGCCACUGGUUAAACGAGGAAACACUAAUGUCUCCCGAUAGAACUCAGGGACUUGGGCUGGCCCAGGACACACAACACACCCUGAAACAGUAGUGGGCUGAGAGGGCGCCCCUGUUGGACACGACGGCGCCAAGCAAAGAAGACGAAGAUGAAGAUGGGGGGUUUUGUAUGUGGGAGUGAGGGAUGUGACAGAAGGUUUCUGUGAAUAAUUGUUGAACCCAAACACUAAAUGCCUUGGUUUCUCCUCCACCCUCUAUAAAUACUUGUACAAAACGUAUCUGUUUCUUUUAUAAAGAAGAAUUUUAUGGUGAAGCCCCCAAAGAGGGAGGUGGAGUAAUGAAACUAUGUGGAGAGAUGAGCCUUACUCCAAAUCAACCCCUAGCCUCAGUCUUAAUGACCUAGAUUGUUGUCAGUAACAGCAAAUUUAUUUAAAAGAAUAGAGUUGUUAGCAAUUUGGCAGUAACCUCCCUGGAGCUCUGUUUCUCUUGCACUUAAACCCAGCUAAUUUCCAUCUGCACAACAGUGACUGAGCAGCAAAUAAUGGAAAGCCUAAGGGUCAUUUUGGUAUCUGCCACAUGCAAGGCAAAAUCUCUAGGGUUGGUUAGAGUUCAAGUUUGAGUAAGAUUGUUGCUCUGUUAUGUUUGCACCCAUUGUUCUUGCUAAGUCUCAUUCAGUUUGACAUGAAGCUUAAUGCUGCAAUGUGGUAGACAGUCGUGAGAAACUCUUACUUUUGGCAUUAUCAUAAUUUACAGAUUUUGUAUUUAAUUGAUUUACUCAUCCACUUGGUCUGGAUUUCAUGGGUACACUACACUGUAAAAAACCCACCAGCUUUUUUUUUUUUUUUUUUUUACAUCAUCUUAUAAACAUGACACUAAUCUAAGCACUGUCUUGAACAUUUUGCCAUCAGUUCAAGUUCCCUUCUGAUAUUGUUCUUAACCUCUGGGUUUCUCUCAUGUUACGUCACAUGGCUGUUUCUUAGAGAGCAGAACGUAGAGCACUGACUGUAUCUAAAUAUACUGUAGGUCUAACUUAAAGAUAUUUAUGACCUGAGUGUGUAAAGUAUUAUGUUACCAUUUCUUAAGACAUUUGCCGUGCUAGAAAACUUGAAGGUUUCUAGGAGAGAUGCUCUGGAUGCUCGACGCUCAGAGCCUACAGCGUUCCUGUAGACAGAGACAGACUGGAGUUGAAUCGGCCCAGUCCUGCCAGACCAUACAUAGUACAAGCUGUUGUUGAAUGUUCUCUGAAGAAGAAACACUUGUAUAUACUUAAACUGUAUUUGACUGUUGUACAAACAAUUGUAUUUCUUAAUUUUCCUGUUGUCUUGGUUCCUUUUUUUACAUGCCACACUUCCCAUUUAAAUUUCUGUAACUUUUAGUCCCAUUAUCUUUUCCUGGAGAAUAUUUCUUGAGCAUUACUGGCUCUGAUCGACUCUGAUCGACUGGAUUGCUGCCUCUCAGAAGCCUACCUACCUUUCAUUUGACAGCUGUGUAUAUUAAAAUAAUCUGUUCUGUA